AUGCCUUCAACAUCGACAACAGGUCUGAUUCUGCAAAAAACCACCUUGGGAUGGAUAAUUUCUGGAAAUACUUCAUUAGCAGCGCAACAACCAGAAACUUUGGGAUUUAUAGCCAACAUCGAUCAUGAUAUUGAUGAAAAACUGACGAAAUUCUGGGAAAUAAAGGAGGUCCAGUCCACCCCCAACUCAUUGGACGAUAUGGAAUACAGCAAGAAAUUCUACAAAAGCACCCAUAGACGCAUUUCGAGUAUAAGAUACGAAAUAAGGUUACCCUUCAAAAAUGAUGCGAAUCACCUUGGAGAAUCAAGAAAGAAAGCUGUCGCACGAUUUCUGCAAUUGGAGAAGAAAUUUCGCAACAACAAAAAACUAGAGGCCGAUUAUAAACAAUUUAUGCUACAAUACGUCGAACUCAAUCAUAUGAAAGCCGUGACACCUAUAGGCCAAGGUCAAACAUAUGACUCACAUUACUUUAUACCGCACCAAUACGUACUGAAGGAAAGAAAACCAAUACGUGUUGUAUUCGACGCCAGUUCAAAAACGAGCAGUCUCAAUGACAUACUUCACACAGGUCCAAGAUUACAAAGAGACUUAGUAGAUAUUCUUUUACAAUGGAGAGUCUUCGAAAUAGCACUCACUGCUGAUAUUGAAAAAAUGUAUCGGCAAAUCAUACUGUCUAGAGGAUAG